AUGCCUGUUGUGACUAUAUCGCAGGAUUGGGUGGCAGCGGAGUGUGGGGAGGAGCACAGGAGGCGGGCAAAGGUCCUGUGGAAGUGGCUAUAUCGAGACGCUCACUGGGCUGAGAGUGUCGAUGACAUGGCAGGUGAAGCUGAUGACGUGGCAAAUGAGCCUGAUGAUGUGGUUGCCGUAGCUGCUGAGAAGCAUCGCUCCUUCCUCUCCCUCCUCGCCUCCUCCGGUGCUCGCUUCUCCUCCCUGCGCCUGCACUCCGUCCGAACAGCCACCGACGGCACAAAGAAGGUGUUGUUUGAGCUGAGCCGCGAUGCUGACUUGUCUCCUUCUGACCGCCCCCGGCGACUAGGCGUGGUGGAAACAGUGUUAAUUCCCCACCGACAAGGGAGGGGCGGGGAAGGUGGGGAGGAGGACGAGGAGGACGAGGAGGGGAGUGGUAGUGAGGAUGAGAAAGAGGGGGGUGGUGUAUGGAUGCAGCAACGAGAUCAGCAGCCAAAGCAGCAGCAGCAGCAGCAGCAGCAGCAGCAGCAGCAGCAGCAGCAGCAGCAGCAGCAGCAGCAGCAGCAGCAGCAGCAGCAGCAGCAGCAGCAGCAGCAGCAGCAGCAGCAGCAGCAGCAGCAGCAGCAGCAGCAGCAGCAGCAGCAGCAGCAGCAGCAGCAGCAGCAGCAGCAGCAGCAGCAGCAGCAGCAGCAGCAGCAGCAGCAGCAGCAGGAGAAGGAAUCAACACAUUAUUACCACUCGUCACUCCAUCGCACCCAUCCCAUCAUUUCCUCUCUAAUAGCAGGGGAGGUCGUGGAUCAGGUGGUUCAGAUUCGCCGGCUCUUCACAGAUGAAGUCGGCCCUGUCACCAACCUUGUCUUCAUGGGUAUGGGCGAGCCUCUUCACAACCUGCCAGCAGUCCUCACAGCGUGCAACACUCUCCUUGACCCUUUAGGCGCCCACUGCUCGCCGGCUCGCACCACCGUCUCCACCUGUGGGCUUGUCCCUGAGAUGCACGAGUUUUCCUCUCACUCCCAAGCUAGCCUCGCUCUCAGCCUGCACGCCACCACCGACGAGGUGCGCAGCAGCAUCAUGCCAAUCAACAAGAAGCACAACCUCACCAGCCUCUUCGCCUGCUUGAGACAACUCUUCCCAGACGCAACAGCCCAGUCAGCACUUGAUGCGGGGGAGGGAGGUGCGGGGUUGCGGCAACAGUCUAAGAAGCGCCAUGUGUUUAUCGAGUACCUGAUGCUGGAUGGGGUCAACGACAGUUUGGAAGAUGCACGUAGGCUUGUCGCCCUAACAGAGGGCAUCGCAUGCAAGAUCAACCUGAUCGUCUUCAACCCACACCCGGGAACCGCACUGCAACCAUCUCCACUCCCCCGCGUGCUGGCCUUCCAACAUGAGCUCGUGCAAGGCGGGCGAAAGGCGUAUCUGCGGCACAGUCGGGGGGACGAUGAGAUGGCAGCGUGUGGGCAGCUGGGGCAGGUGCCUCGGCUUACUGAUAAGGCCAGGGCAGAAGAAGCAGCUGUAGUGUAG